AUGAACAAUUGGCACUGCCUAGUCCCGAUUGUAAGGUUCUCGGGUUCUCGUAAAGUGUGGAUUGCCGGACAGGGCACCUGCAAUCUAUGUGUGGAUUCCCGUGUCGGACCUAGGUCCCCAUUGAAACUGUCGAUGGCACAGUUCUCUUCUCUCUUACCCCCCCUCGAUUUGGCUUUGGCCCGCUUGGCCAAGGUAGGCAAUCAUCAACAUCACCGUCCCAAUUGCGAUUUUGAACAUGUGUAUGUCGCGUAUGCUGAGGUGGAGAAAGUCGCACUAGGUGAAGAUAAACGAGUGCCCGGUCAUACUUUCGGAGAGUGGUUGAUAUAUUAUCUAGACGAGGAUAUCAUUGUUGGAUCCUGGCAAUUUGAACCUCCUUGUCACAAAGCGUGUGACAAGUCGAGCGAAAGUCGGGGAAGGGUAUUUAACCAGCAAUCAGCGGUAGGGUUAACCGCCAAUCAAUAG